GAAUAAACAUGACUCUGUGUAGUCAAAAACGGUGAGGCGUAGUUGGGGAAUGGAUUUGUAAACGCGAACCUCUGGUUGACUCAGUAGCUUAAGCUUUGGCUACAUAAGGCUGGAAACUCCCUGGCGCGUGAGAGGCGCAGUAAGCGAGAUUAAUUGUAGCCGGAUGAGUAACAACGAAAUAGAUAUUGUUUGUUGUGGACUUUGUUUGGCGCUGCGGAGGGACACAAAGCCGGCGGAGGCUGAAGAGCUGCGUUACGGCUGAAGAGCUGCUACUUAAGUAACUGACCGCUCUGUUUCAGUUCAUCUACAUACCGUAACAUUUUACUGUCUAAUGGUUUUUAUUAAGACUAUAGAGUCGUUGUUGUUUUAUCACACGUUUAGCGGUGUGUUAGGUGACUGGCUAAACGUGAACAUUUUAAACCUCUGGCUAGCAGCCGAGUUAGCAUGAGAGACUAGCAUCAUAACAACAACAUCAUCAUAACAACAGCAGCAGAGCAGCAGCAGCUCUGUGCUGCAUCUCAUACAUGCGGGUCUUUAAAACCCGACGGAGGAUUUCAAAGGAAACCGUUUAUUUUUGUAGUUGUUGUUGAAAUAAAGCAGAAUAUUUCAGGUGUCGGUCACUUGGUCAUUAACAGUUCACGGUUGUUUUAAAUCAGAGAUGUGAGUGAAAUAGAAACGGAAACUUUCCCCCCAAAAAGGACACAGGGUUGAAUUUCUCAUCUCAAAGGAAGAUAAAUCGGUUUGGAGUUUGGUUCACUGGACGCUCAAGCUGUAGUGUUUCUGCUUUGGAAGUGAAAAAGCUGUCCCUGGGAUUCCCACAAGCCGUGUUCGCCUUUUCGUUUCUCUAAUGCGGAGGCCCUGAUCAGCCCCCCGGCGGCCCGCCAUGCUCAAGUGCAUCCCUCUCUGGCGGUGUAACCGCCACGUUGAGUCGGUGGAUAAACGGCACUGCUCUCUGAACGCCGUCCCCGAUGAGAUCUACCGCUACACACGCAGUCUGGAGGAGCUCCUGCUCGAUGCCAACCAGCUCAGAGAACUUCCCAAGGCCUUCUUUCGGCUAGUGAACCUGCGCAAACUAGGUUUGAGUGACAAUGAGAUCCAGAGACUUCCCCCUGAGGUGGCCAACUUCAUGCAGCUGGUUGAGCUGGACAUCUCUCGAAACGACAUUCCUGAAAUCCCUGAGACCAUUAAGUUCUGUACGGCGCUGGAGAUUGCGGACUUCAGUGGAAACCCCCUCUCCAGAUUACCCGAUGGCUUUACACAGCUUAGAGCACUAGCCCACCUUGCACUCAAUGAUGUGUCACUACAAUCACUACCUAAUGACAUUGGAAACUUGGCUAAUCUGGUAACCUUGGAGCUGAGGGAGAAUCUACUGAAGUCUUUGCCCACCUCUCUGUCUUUCCUGGUUAAACUGGAACAGCUAGAUUUGGGCAGCAAUCACCUGGAAGUAUUGCCGGACACUCUGGGGGCGCUGCCCAACCUUCGGGAGCUGUGGCUUGAUAGGAACCAACUUUCUUCCCUUCCCCCAGAAUUAGGAAGCUUGCGGCGAUUGGUGUGCCUGGAUGUGUCCGAGAACCAGCUCACCGAGUUGCCCUCCGAGAUCAGCGGCCUCAUCGCCCUCACUGACCUGCUGCUCUCACAGAACCACCUGGAGAAUGUGCCUGACAGCAUCGGCUCCUUAAAGGCACUGUCUAUCUUCAAAGCGGACCAGAACCGCCUGGUGCGUCUAACAGAUUCAAUCGGUGAAUGCGAGAACCUCACAGAACUGAUGCUGACAGAGAAUCUGCUACAGACUCUUCCUAGUUCUCUGGGAAAGUUAAAGAAGCUGACCAACUUGAAUGUGGACCGUAACCGCUUGAGCAGCGUCCCAGGUGAACUGGGUGGCUGUGCCAGCCUCAGUGUGCUCUCGCUCCGAGACAAUCGUGUGGGCAAGCUGCCUGCUGAGCUUGCAGAUGCCACAGAGCUACAUGUGCUGGAUGUGGCAGGCAACAGGCUGCAGAACCUGCCGUUCUCACUAGCCAAUCUGAACCUCAAGGCCAUGUGGCUGGCAGAGAACCAGUCACAACCCAUGCUCAAGUUUCAGACCGAAGAUGAUGAGCGGACCGGGGAGAAGGUGCUCACCUGCUACCUGUUGCCCCAACAGCCUACACCCAGCUUAGAGAACCUACUGCAGAGCAGUGUGGACGAAAGCUGGCCCACAGACACCAAUCUGAACAGAGUGUCCGUCAUCCAGUUUCAGGACCAAACCAAGACUGAUGAGGAAGAUGAUGAGACCGCGGCAGAGAGGAAGCAGGGUCUGCAGAGGCGAGCCACCCCUCACCCAAGUGAACUGAAAGUGAUGAAGAAUGUGAUCGAGGCCAGAAGAAACGAAGCUUACACAGCUAGGCCAGAUGACGACCUGGACUCCCCGGACACUGAAGAGAAACGUAUGAGUGGAUUGUCCAAUCAAAGCCAUGACUCCCAGGUCUCUAACAGCACUGCCUCAGCCAACUCUCAGGAUGAGACGCACAAAGUAAACGGUAUUGAGGCGGAGCUUAACGAAAGGCACGAGCACGAACAGGAGGACGACGAGGACGAUACAGAAUACACUGAGCCCACCGUGCACUUUGCCGAGGAGCCCAUUAUCCGCGGCUGCGACGAGGACGACGAUGACGAAGACGGCGAUCGUAGCGACGGCGAGGCUCAGCCAGCACCCUUCCCGGCUGAGAAACAGCGCCUCAUCCGCAAGGACACACCACACUACAAGAAGCACUUCAAGAUCACCAAGCUGCCCAAACCUGAGACUGUAGCCGCAUUACUGGAGAACUUCAGCACCGAAGCCACCACGUCAGCCCCCCGAGUAAACAGCGAAGAACAGGGUGGGGAGGAUCAAGAGGGAGAAUCAGUUAACACUCCUCUGUUGCAGAGACCACAGGUGGCUGAUCAAGUGGACAGCAGACUGAAUCAGGUGAACAGCUCGCUGCAGCCGGUGAAGGGGGUGUCAUUUGAUCAAGUCAAUAAUCUGCUGAUUGAGCCUGCUCGAAUUGAGGAGGAAGAGCUGGUCCUGAGCAUCCUGAGACAAACUGGUGGAUUAGGCAUCAGUAUAGCUGGGGGGAAAGGAUCCACUCCUUACAAGGGAGAUGAUGAGGGUAUAUUUAUCUCUCGUGUGUCAGAAGACGGUCCAGCUGCACGAGCUGGGGUCAAAGUGGGAGACAAAUUAUUGGAGGUAAACAGUGUAGAUUUGCAGGGAGCGGAGCACCACACGGCUGUAGAGGCCUUGCGGAGCUCCGGCACGGCAGUGACCAUGACUGUGCUGCGUGAGAGGAUGGUAGAGCCUGAGAACCCUAUCACCACUACACCCCUGAGACCAGAGGAUGAUUACUUUCCCCGGGAGAGGAGGUCCUUCGGCCUACCGUUCAACCUGGAACCUGGAUCCACUGCCCUUAGCACAGGCCCCUGUCAGCGCCUGGCCACAUGCUUAGUCCGUAACGACAAGGGCUUAGGCUUCAGCAUUGCUGGUGGAAAAGGCUCCACCCCAUAUCGAACAGGAGACAUGGGAAUCUUCAUCUCUCGCAUCGCCGAAGGAGGUGCUGCUCACCGAGACAACAUCCUUCACGUAGGAGACAGAGUCAUAUCUAUCAAUGGUGUAGACAUGACAGAAGCCAGGCAUGACCAAGCAGUAGCGCUGCUUACCGGAACCUCACCCACCAUCUCGCUGCUAGUGGAGCGGGAACAAGCGAGCGGCUCUCCGGGCCGAACGCGCUCCCACUCACCUCCUCCUCCGGAGCCCUCAGAUUCACCAGAUCAAGAAGAUGCCGGUGAUGACCGCUUGGGGAACCAUCUCAUGGAGGAUGAGUACCCUAUAGAGGAAGUGACACUGGUCAAAACGGGUGGUCCUCUGGGUCUGAGCAUCGUGGGGGGCAGUGACCAUGCCAGCCACCCAUUUGGGAUCACUGAACCAGGAGUGUUUAUUUCAAAGGUGGUCCCUCGUGGCUUAGCCUGUCAGAGUGGGUUACGUGUUGGUGACCGCAUCCUAGAGGUAAACUCCACUGACCUGCGACACGCCACCCACCAGGAGGCUGUCAAAGCCCUUCUCUCAAACAGCAAGGAGAUCCGUAUGCUAGUUCGCAGAGACCCCUCACCUCCUGGCAUGCAGGACAUUGUAAUUAACAAGCAGCCUGGGGAGAAGCUUGGCAUCAGUAUCCGAGGAGGGGCCAGAGGGCAUGCAGGCAACCCCUUUGAUCCAACAGAUGAGGGCAUUUUCAUCUCGAAGGUGAGCUCCAGUGGUGCCGCAGCACGAGAUGCUCGCCUGAGGGUGGGUAUGAGAAUCCUAGAGGUGGGCAAUCACAGUCUCCUCGGUAUGACUCAUACGGAGGCAGUGAGGGUCUUGCGUGCCACGGGAGAUACUUUGGUCAUGCUGGUGUGUGAUGGCUUUGACCCCAGAAACGUUGCCGGCAUGGAGGCUUCACCAGGUGUCAUUGCAAACCCGUUUGCUGCUGGGAUUGUUCGAAAGAACAGCAUGGAGAGCAUCUCGUCGAUAGACAGAGAUUUGAGCCCUGAAGAGAUGGACAUCAUGCAGAAGGAGGUUGAGAUGGUGAGAGAGACGUCUCAGUGGGAGCGGGAGGAGAUGGAGAAAGUGGAGCGUAUGCGCUUGGAGCGUGAAGCGGCUACUCGUCUGCUGGAGGAGGAGACUGAGAGCAUGAGCACUGGACCUCUGAAACUGGACUACAAGACACUGGCAGCUCUUCCCACAACCAGCCUCCAGAGGGUCAAUCGGCUGUCUUCUUCUUUUACUGAAUCCUGUCCCAUGGAGAGUGCUGUUCAGGCCGGGUCGUCUGGCACUAUAGAUCCCCUGUGCUUUGAGAAAGCUCACGCAACCCUGUACCAUGUAGAUGCCCCUGUCCUUCCCUCAUCCUCAUUGUGCUCAAUUACGACCUCCUCGGCACUCAGACAAACCGAAGCUAUGCCACAGGACCCCAGUCCAUCAUCCGCAGUCACAGAGGAAACGCAGGAAGAGGAAUGUCUCGUGGACUCUCAGCCAAUCUGUUUCAAAGAAAAUCCCUUUUUGGUAGCUAACCGUAAGGGUAAGGGCCGCCCCCUCGAGGAACGCAUACUUUCAGGGCCGCCCACAGGUUAUGGCAGGCAAGGGCACCUUCAGACCUUGUUGUACAAUAAGGGUCCAUCAGCUGAUCCCCCAAGAAUUGAUAGCCCUGUCCGGGAGCCGCUCUAUUCCCCAGGUUCGCAACUGCCAUCAUUACGCCAGUCCUCAUCCUCAGCCCCUGCCACACAAGGCAGGGAAACUCGAUUCGCAAGCAUUCAUGUAUCCUCCAAUGUGACUGCCAAGGACAGUUCAGCUACAAAGCCUGGUGCCAUCCAGCCUAUCUCACGGGUGCGGCCGCCUGCCUCUCCAGUCAGUCAGGAUGGUCACCGUAGUCCCAACCCUUUCCAGCAUGGCCCUUCCCCCAUCAACUCCCAGACCACUCCUCGUGCCCCAUCCCCUGAUACUUUCAACGAAUUUCCCAUCAAUGUCAAGCAGGCAUAUAAGGCGUUUGCUGCUGUGCCCCACUCAAUGGCUGUGCUGGAGCCUCCACAGGAUCUCUAUGGUCAGAGGAACAACUUUCACCCAAAGCAAACAUUUCCAGAGCCAGAGGAGUGUAAUGAAGUGUUUAUAGGUGAGGGUGAAGGAGGGGGCCUCAGCCCUCGCCCAUCCCUCUUAUCUGACCGUCGUGAGUACAGGAAUCUGGCAGCUGUGCCACGCCUGUCUCGCCCCUCCCUGGAGUCUAAGUCUAAGCCCCACACAACCUGUGGGAGAGGGAGCCCAGAGCAACGGUCUUUCAGAGACAGACAGAAGUACUUUGAGAUUGAUGUGAAGCAGCAGACACCAGACAGCAAACCCAAACCUCGGGUUUCACUUGUAGGAGAGGAUGACCUGAAAAAAAUGAAAGAGGAGGAAGCAAAGAGAUUCGAGAGUGCACGGGAGUAUAUGAUGGAUGAGGAGGAGGACGACGAAGAGGAAGAUCUGGCAAAGCAAGUGGCACAAAUGAAGGCCCACGGCAAGGUUAUUCUGGAUGGGGUCGAGUACAAGGUUGAGCCUGUCAGCGGGCAUGCUUCUACUCCUCCCAGGCAAUGUGCCACACCCACAAACCACAGUGCCACGCCUCCCAGCUCAGGGCCUUCCUCUGUAGAUGGCAGAGCUGAUUCCCAGCGCAACUCUAUGGAGGAUAGCUUUAGACUGGAGCACAGACCCAACUCCAUGACUGGUCUGAUCCCUGUGUAUCCCGGCGAGUCUGCAGCUCCCGUCCGCACUGCCAAGGCUGAGCGCAGGCACCAGGAGAGGCUGCGUGUGCAGAGCCCAGAGCUCAGUCUGGUUACAGACAAGGAUCUUUCUCCCGCAGAAAAACGAGCCCUGGAGGCAGAAAAAAGAGCAAUGUGGAGGGCAGCCAGGCCUUAUGGUCUAGAGGAAGACGUUAGGCAGUAUGAGCAAGACCUGGCCAAGAGGCUCUACCAGUCACGUGUGAAGGCGUCGUUAGACAGUGCUGCAGCUCCUAACUCUACCUGCUCUUCUUCUUCUCAGCCCAGGAUGAAGUCUUUAGAGCAGGAUGCUCUCAAAGCUCAGAUGGUCAUUGCUAAGUCCAAGGAAGGGAGAAAGCGAGGCACUCUGGACCAGCUGGCUGAAUCGCCGUCUCCUGCGCCCACACCUUCACCCACUCCUAUGGAAGAUUACAGUCCUCGGUCUGUGACAUCACCAGGUCGACUGUCCCUGUCAGAAAAGAAGUUUGACUACCGACAAUUCGCUGCCAUUCCUUCUGCUAAACCCGUAUACGACAUUCAGUCUCCAGAUGCUACAGAUGUUCGAUUCAACAGUGAUGUCUCCAAUAGCCCAGUUUCCUGUGUAGAAGCUGAGGUUCCUGUAGCUCCUGUGGCCACCACGUCUGCUCUGGAGGAGAUGGCUCUUUACAGCAACAAACGUAAACUACGACAGGGCCGGCACAGCCUAGAGACUGCCGUUCCCACAUAAUUUUAGGCACACGCGCAAUACAUUUAAUAAGGAUAGUGCACAGUAGCUAGCGAUACUACAAGCUAUAGACAAAACUAAAACGCUCCUUCACAGAUACGUGUGAAAGACUUGCAACCACUCUCGCAUCAUUCGGAAAGUUUUUUUUUUUUUUUUUUUUUUAAAGAAACACUACAGCUUUUUGGGGUUUUUUUGCACACCAGUCUUGCCUUUCCAGCUAACAUUUAGCAGAGAUGAGGAAGCUUUUUCCUCUUCCUUCGUACCGGACACUUAAUGAGGUUCAUCCUGCCAUGCAAAGUACACACUUGUUCAUUUUUCUCUCUUGUUCUACAGUUUGCUUUUAACACAGCUAAAUUAUUUUUUAGGUGAUAGUGAUUUUGGGUGCUUUUUUAAUACUUUUAGUUUUAAACCUCUGAUUAUUAAUGAGAAAAAAAAAAAAAAAGUUCCUGACUCGUGUUAAUGUUCUGGAGAGACUUUAACUUACUCAUCUGGACAGCAAGCGUUUAUUCUGUGACUUUCACCGCCCCAUAGCAGAGGAGGGGGGGGGGGAAAACGUUUUACACGUAAUUUAUUUCCGUAGUCACCAUUUGACCUUUUAUUCGCUUUUUAAAAAAACACAUCAUAAUUGGGAAUAUUCCACCAGUCAGUCAAUAUUUACUGAUUUAUCGAUUUAUCAGUACUGUAUAGAUAUAUCAACUUUAACCAUAUCAAAAUCAGCCAGUUCUUUUUUUUGUUUUUGUUUUUCUUCCAUUUUUGAUUUGGAUCAGUGUUCCAAAUGAAUGUAUGUUCCUCUUGUUGGUCUUGUGUUCUGAGGGUUUCAUCUCAUCAUAAAGCAUAAAAAAAAAACAUAAAUCAUCAUCAUAUUCUGCCUGGUUUCAGUUGAGCGCAGCUUAAACCGAACUAAAUGUCUCUCAAGUCUUCCUGGACGUAGAAGAUGAAAGGCUACAGAGGACAGCAGAAUUAUUAAAACAUAAUAAUAAUUAUCAACAACUUUCUGUCCCAAGUGCAUUGGUUACAUUCAUGACAAAACCAGAAUAUCUUCCCCUCUGCAUUUUUCUGCUUCCUGGACCAUGUUGCAUGCUGUUUGCUGGAACAUUCCCAUUACCUGACGGACUAAAAAAAAAAAAAAAAAAAAGACAUUUGUAAUAAAUAUUUA